CGGCUAUCGCCGUUAAAACAAUGAGACUGUAGUACACGGUCGUACGGAACGCGAACGCGCCCAGUCCGCCAUAUCCUUAUCAACAUACUCGGAAACACCGUGAGCGAUAAGGCUAUCUUUUGAUGCCGCCGGAGAAUUUCGGUACUAAAAAGAACAAUGCCGUCACGCCGACGGCAUCUUCGCGACGAACCCGAACCCGUCCGGCGUAACCCAAAUGCGCGUCGAAACCGUAUCGGAAUUCGGAACCGGCAUUCUGAUAAUCGCAGUGUCCCGACGACGUAAUUGCGUAUUAAAAUAAAUAACAAUUUAUGUUUAUAAUACUUUUUUCUUUUAUUAUACCCGCGGUUAAUUUCUAUCGGUGCUUAUGAUUGACGGCGUGACACUAUUUGAUUUCUAUCAAUUCGUUUAAAUGCCUACCGAUUUCACAGCGGUCACAGACCACGGCGACAAAACACAAUUAGCAAGCCGACGUAUUAAUUAUUUAUUAUGGACGUUGGUCAAGGUAUCGAAUAUUCUUCAACCAGUUUACGGUGAGCAAAUGUCUUAUUCAAUAACUAUUUCAAUGUAAUUAGGUUUUGGUAAAUGUAAAAUAUUUUAAACACUAAAACCCUGGUUCCUAAAUGUUAACGUUUACCAUUGUGUGAUAAAUUGAAAAGAAAUUAUUCUUUUGAGUAAAACAACGGUGUAUUUAUAAUUUAUUUUAUUUACAUACUACUACUAUUUAUGUAAACUCAAACAUUUAAAUGUUAUAAAAAUUUUGAAACAAUUUCGAUAGAUUUAUUGUAUUGUUUUUAUUUGCAAUGCAAACAAUAACAUGUACAAGCGUCUUUAAAAUCGGUUUAGGUACCUCUUUAUUUUGCCACUGUUUAAACUAUAAGUUUCCAUUUUGUACCUUUCAAUUCUUGUUCAUUUGCAUUUUGUCAGAAUACCGUCAAAUACCCUGUUUAUAAUUCAUUGUAGCUUAUCAGUAUAACCAUUGAAUUAUAUUUUAAAAAAAAAUUCAAUUUUGUUAUAGUUUACUCCGGUGUGUACUAUCUAUCAUUUUGUGUUGUUCACUAUUUACCAAAGAUGAUUUUUAUUAUAUUUUUGGUAUUUACAUCAUACAAUAUAUAUAUUUAAUGCCCACAUAAAAUAUUUCAUAAUAUAAACCAAUACAGGGUCAACCUGGCGUACAAAAACCUCAGCAGCAUUUUGUUUUUAAGGACAUUUUAAAUGAAACAUAUAAAGGCCAUGGAUAUCAAUGCGAUAUUGGGUUAAAAGCCGGUCAUAUUUCUAAAAAAUAACAACAGAUUUCGCAAAGACUUAUCCACGUAUAGUAUAUAUUACUUUUAAUAAUUGACAAUUUAUUAUUAUAUUUUUCUUAUUUGUCUGUAGUUUACCAUCGUUAACUAAAGUCUAAAUAAUACUAUAGUGUAGUAUAUUUAUACUUGUGUAUUUAAAUAAUGCACAAAAAACAGUCAAUGGCUAAAUGAAGGUAUUUUGUAGAUCUUGAGCCUCGAGGUACUUCCAGACACAAAUACUACUGGGGGCCCAGCUGCGUUCACGGGCUAUCUGCCUUAGCUAGGCUGACACUGCUCUAGUGUUUUUUUUUUAUGGUAAUAACUAUUUAUUAUGAUUUUAAAACUUUUCAGAUUCAUGAGUAACUUAAAAGAAGAAAAAAAACAUCCAAAUACCGAAACAAUUCAAAUAAAAAAAGAAUAUGAUUUAAUAGAUGGUUACGAGUUUCAAAGUGUAAUUGCUAUUGAAAAUGAUCCUAUAGAAUCAAUAUUAUAUCAAAAAUCAAAACUUAGAAAACAACAAUGUACAUUUCAUAAUUAUGAUAACUUGUUUUUUUCAAAAUCAAUGUCAAAAUGCCAAAUGAGAGUGCAAACUGGAAGAAAAGUUGACAAUGAAAAUUGUCCUCUACGGUGAGCAUCUUUAAAUUCUUUCUUCAUAGUUUCUAAUUAUAAAAAUAAAAAAGAUAAAACCAAAUUAACCUUAAAUGUUGCCAUUCCAUAUUGCAUAUGUUUUAUACUGUAUAAUUAAUAAUCAAAAUUAAACAAUUUUUUUUUCCUUAAUCCUAAAUUUUGUUGAAGUUUCCUACCUUUUGAAAAAUUUCCAAAAGGUUGAAUUGGCUAGAGUUUCACCUAACCAUCAUUCAAAGGUAUAAUUUUUACAUAUAAAUAAUUUAUUUUAACAGGAGAGAUUAUUUAAAAUGGGUUAUUAAAGUUAUUUUAAAAUUGAAAAAAAUCUAUUGAUGGUGCGGGCUUCUUCUUUUGUGAAACAUAAAUAUUAAUUAUCUAUGGUUAUCAUUCCAUAGCUGAUAAAAAAUUAAAGUGUAAUAGUUAUAAAACUCAGAAUAUGUAAUUAAUUACCUAACAGUAAUUGCCUAUCAAUGUAAUACAUUAUUUAUGCCAAACAUAACUUUGAACCUUCUUUAUUGGACAGUCUAUGUAUGUGUCUCAUACUUCUAAUAUACUUCUAAUGUUAACACAUAUAAGGUAUUCAAUUUAAAUUAUGAAUUUUAUGCUUUUCAGAUUUACGAGUACCUCUGAUGAAGAAAUUAAAAAACCAAAUACCCAAACAAUUGAAAUAAAGAAAGAAACUGAUUUAAUAAACAGUUGUGACGUUUUGCAAUUGUCCCAUGUAGAUCACCAUAAACUAAUUUGUAGAGAAGAGAAACUAUUUAAAUGUAAUGUUUGUGGAAUAUCAUUUUCUAGUUUUGGCUGUUUAAAGCAACAUAAAUUAAUUCAUAUAGAAGAAAAUUUUUACAAAUGUGAGGUAUGUAAAAAAUCAUUUAGGUUUAAAUCAAAUUUAUCGGAACACACAAGGAUUCAUACUGGUGAGAAACCAUUUAAAUGUGAGGUGUGUAAAAAAUCAUUUAAACAGAAAUCAGCUUUAUUGGUUCACACAAGGAUUCAUACUGGAGAGAAACCAUUCAAAUGUGAUAUUUGUAAAUUAUCAUUUAUUCAGUUGCCUCAUUUAAAUAACCAUAAGUUAAUUCAUACUGGUGAGAAACCAUUUAAAUGUGAGGUAUGUAAAAAAUCAUUUAGACGGAAAUCAGUUUUAUUGCCUCACACAAGGAUUCAUACUGGAGAGAAACCAUUUAAAUGUGAUAUUUGUAAAUUAUCAUUUAUUCAAUUGCCUAAUUUAAAGAGUCAUAAGUUAAUUCAUACAGAAGAAAAGCACUACAAAUGUGAGAUAUGUAAAAAAUUAUUUAGACAUAAAUCAAAUUUGUUGGUUCACACAAGGAUUCAUACUGUUAAGAAACCUUUUAAAUGAUGUUUGUAAAAAUGAUUUAAACGAAAAACUUUGUUGACUGUACAUGUAAGAAUACUUACUAGACCGAACCCUCAGGAUGUAACAUUCAAGCAAAAUUAAAUUACUAUUAUAAACGGUCCUAAGUGCUGUGGAGAUAUGAAUGCGGUUUUAAAAAGCUGUUGUUUCUUGAUUGUUUUUUUUUUUUUAAGAUUUAGGGAUCUGUGCUUGAUAUGAAAAUAACUAAAUGUCAACUUGUUUACUAUCAAUUUAUAAAAAUAUUAGAAUACUAGUAACACUGGAAACAUUUUGCAGUAUAGAAUCAAUAAAGGUAUACACGUAAGGACAUAAUAAUAUAAGUCAAUAGUUGGAAAUCUUUUUACUAAUAUUAUAAAUACUUACCAAAGAAAUUUGGUAAAGCGUAAGAAUAUAGCCUGUGUAUAUUGUAUUUAUAAUUUAUUAUUUACCCUAUAAUUCUAAUAUUUAUGAAAAAAUAUUAUAGAUGUUUACUGGGCGGUUUAUAAGUUCUUACAUUUUAGAAAAGUCCUUGUUAAUGUAUAUAUUUUCUAAUUUUGUGUUUAAUAUGCAUUGUUUUGGGCAAAUUAUUUAAAUUGUAUACCUGUUUGGCCAAAAUAAAUUUAGAAAUGUAAGUGAAUUUUGUGUAUUUAUUUUUA